AUGAACUCUUCAAGCAUCCGUUCCACAUCAAAAAAAGUCAACCCUUCCGCCACAUCAGCAUCCCCUAUUUUUUCAUUUGGACACUUCAGAAGCUAUUCCAUGUCAGCAAUUCCUCCUAGUGAUGCUCCUAUGUUACCCUCUAGCUCCAUGUCAAGCAUUGACUUACAAGACCAGAAUCAGUUCUCAAGUAGAAAGUCAAAGGAUGAGAAAGGUGAAGGUGAAGGACUUUUAUCUUUCCGGGGUUUAUUUGGAGCAGGGUUGUGUGAUGAUGUUUUUGUUGGUUGCUUCCUGUCAAUGUCAUCAACUGCAGUGGUUGCGGGUGGAAAUGGAGAACAAGUUUUAGGUAGGUACGUCUACAGAAUUAGUCAACUCUUUGAUUUUUUCAGAAUUCUCUCUUUCUACUUCACCACAGUAACUAUUGAGAAGGUUGUUUUGGAACAAAGCAAUAGCCAGUAUGAGCUUCAAGGCGAAUACGUGUUGCUGGAGAAUGAGGCUUACUAA